AUGGGGGAGGAGACUGUGGACAAGCUGGGCAAGCUCAUUGAUUCUUACAUCACCACUGCAACUGCUGACUCCAUAGGGCAUGAUGAAGUACAAGAAGCUUUUGAGACCCAGGAAAAGUUUGCAAAUGGCACCCUGUUCACUAGCUCUGACUUCGAGAUGAUCUCCCCAGCGACAGAAAAGACUGUGUUUGACUCCCCGGACUCCCAAAAGACCCUCCGACUUGAAGAAGGUGGCAUGAGGGACGAGGACACCAUUGUUGAGCUAGCCCCAGCUGGACAGGAACCUCUGCCUGCUGAUGCUACAAAGGAUCUUGGUGGACAUCAAGAACCUGACAUGGUCUCGCAUGGCAGUUCUGAGGGUCAGAUGACGGUCCUUCCGGAGAGCAGUCGUUCACUGUUGCGUGUGGCAGCCACUUUGUACACUUCCUUAGAGGGUGAGGAGCUGCCGACGGGCUUCGACCUCAACGGGGAUGGCGUCAUCGACUUUGCGGAGCUGCGCUUCGUGCUGCGCUCCAUCCGCGACGUGGGCUCCGCGCUGAGCGAUGAGAUGAUCGAAGAGGUGCUGCAGCAGAUGGAUGCCAACAAGGACGGCCUCGUAAAUUUUGAGGAGUUCCUGUCCUGGCUGUACGCGCAGCGACCCUCGACGGAGAAGCAGCUGCUGCGCCGUGCCGUGGGCAUUUUGGAGGCCGAAGGAGCGCAGGAGCCUGGCGCGGCGGAAGUGGAGAGGCCACAGAUGGGUCCACCCUCGCUGACACGGCUCAGCUCUCGCGCACUGGCUGAGGAGGCACGAGAUGCCUUGAAGGCGCUGAAGGAGGAGGAGCUGGAGGAGCUUCACAGCCAUCCAGAUGCCAAGGUCAGGGGCCUGCUGGAGGUCCUGUCUCUACUCUUGGCUGGCAUGGUUCCAGGUACACCUUCGGCAGGGCCCCUGGCAGGUGCAGAGUCCUUGAUGAAGCAACCGCGCUACUUUCUCAGUGCUUGUGACUCUGUGCUCUCCUGGAUUGAUGAAGGCAAGCUGCCGGAGCAGAAUGUGGAAUCCGCGCGCGCGGUGAAGAACAGCCUGCCCUGGCACUUCCUGCCGGAAGUGGUGGCGAAAAGUGUGGAAAGCACUGCGGCCAUUUGCCUCUGCAAAUGGAUGGUGGCCAUCUUCGCAUAUUUCGAUGAGGUGGAGAAUUGGGAACCAUGAGCUUCACCAUGGAUUUGGUUGAAGAUUUGAUGGGACCAUGGUUCAUCAUGCUUUCUCACUUC